UCUCUCUCUGUUUCCAGCAAGCGAUGGCCCGGCUCUCAACCAGGAGGGCUGUCCGGUCGGCAAGUUCAGAUGCAGCAACGGAUUUUGCGCCAACACCACGCUGCUCUGCAACGGACAGGACGACUGCGGGGAUUUCUCGGACGAAAGCAGCUGCAAUAUCAACGAGUGCGCGUCCGGGCAGCCGAAGGUGUGCGCGCAGGUGUGCAUCGACAAGCCAAUCGGCUAUGUUUGCGAUUGCACAGAGGGCUACCGAGUGAACCCAAGUGACCCCAAGCUGUGCAGUGACGUGGAUGAGUGUGAGGAUUACCCGUGUCCUCAUAUUUGCCACAAUACUGUUGGUUCCUAUAAGUGCGCGUGUGCCGACGGGUACAUUUCGGAGCAAGAUGGUCACAAGUGUAUUGCGAACUCGACUGUGAAGGCGAGGCUGAUCUUCUCCAAUCGCUAUUAUAUUCGCGAAAUCAACACCGACGGAAGUAACAACCGACUGCUGGUGGCCAACCUCACGAACGCCGUUGGCCUCGACUACGAUUUCGUCGAGAAUUGCAUCUACUGGUCGGAUGUCACCCACAUCUCCUCGUCCAUCAAGAAAAUGUGCAACGAGAGCCAGCCGGUGGUGCUCCACUCGGCAGUGCAGAGCCCGGACGGCAUAGCGCUGGACUGGGUCGGACGCAACUUGUACUGGUGUGACAAGAGCAAAGACACGAUCGAAGUCUCCAAGUUAGAUGGGCAGUACAGGAAGGCCCUGAUCACCUCAGGUCUCCAGGAUCCAAGAGCCAUUGUGUUGGAUCCCUAUCAUGGAAACAUGUACUGGACAGACUGGGGAAACCAACCGCACAUCGGCAAGGCGGGGAUGGACGGCUCAGACCAGCGCAUCAUCGUCAACACGUCCUUGGGGUGGCCCAACGCCCUCACCAUCUCCUACGUCACCAAUGAGCUCUUCUGGGCCGACGCUUACCAGGACUACAUCGCUCAUUCCGAUCUCGAAGGCAAUAACAUGAAGAUCAUCAGGAGUAAAGAUACAGAUCCAUUGCACGUCCAGCAUGUAUUUGCAAUCUCUGUGUUUGAAGACUAUCUCUACUGGACUGACUGGGAGCUAAAGAGCGUGCUGCGAGCUCACAAGUACACUGGCAGAGAUGGGAAGAAGAUUUACACUGCAGUACACAGGCCUAUGGAUAUUCAUGUGUAUCAUCCCUAUAGACAAUUACCGUUGGACAACAACCCAUGUGAAAACAAUGGAGGCUGUGAUACAAUGUGUCUCCUUGCGCCAAAUGGAGGAAAGACGUGUACCUGCCCUGAAAAUUUUGUGUUGGGGGAAGACGGUGUUUCCUGCAAAAGCAACUGCCUGAGUUCCAUGUUUGUGUGCAGUUCCACCUACAAGUGCAUCCCCUUCUGGUGGAAGUGCGAUACUCAGGAUGAUUGUGGUGAUGGCUCUGAUGAACCCCCAGACUGCCCGGCUUACAGCUGCACUCCUGGGCAAUUCCAAUGCCAGAAUGGAAACUGCAUUCAUCCAUCACAGAUCUGUGAUAAUCAAGAUCACUGCAAAGAUGGUUCAGAUGAGCCUAAUUGUGACAAUUAUUCUUGUGUUCUGUCACAAUUCAAGUGUCCAGCAGGUAAUAGUUCAAGUGCAUUCUGCAUUGCUGGAAAGCGACGAUGCGAUGGUACCAAUGACUGUCCAGAUGGGCAUGAUGAAAAAGAUUGUCCAGCAUCAACUUGCUCAGCAGACUGGUUCUUGUGCAAUAAUACUCAGUGUAUACCAAAGGUUUGGGUGUGUGACGGAGACCAAGACUGUUUAGAUGGAUCAGAUGAGAAUGCCAACUGUAGCACCAGAGUAUGUCCUCAAGAAAAUUUCAGAUGUCGUAAUGGACGCUGCAUUCCUAAGUCCUGGAAGUGUGAUGGGGAGUUUGAUUGUCCUGAUAAAGAGGAUGAAGGAGAGGCAUGCAACGGCACUGACACAUGCGAUGAAUCACAGUUCAAGUGUGGAAACAACAAAUGCAUUUCUGCCCAGUGGAGAUGUGAUGGAGAAAAUGAUUGCUCAGAUGGCUCAGAUGAAACUGGUUGUACAGCUAGAGUGUGCAAUGAAACUGAAUUCCGCUGUGAUGAUGGCAGAUGUAUAGCAAUCACAAACCUCUGUGAUGGAGAAACCAAUUGUGCUGAUGGUAGUGAUGAGAUCAACUGCAAUGUUACCUGCAACGAACACAUGUUCAAGUGUGAGACUCAUCCUCAGUGCAUAUUGAAGAAAUGGGUAUGCGACAAGGACCCAGAUUGCACAGAUGAGUCUGAUGAGCGGAAUUGCAAUGUGACGUGUGGUAUUGGCUUCACGAGCUGUGCCAACGGUGUUUGCGUUCCAACCCCUUGGGUGUGUGAUGGCGAAAACGACUGCUUGGAUGGAAGUGAUGAAAGGAGGGAGUUGUGUGCCAACCACACUUGUCCGAUUGGGAGAUUCAGAUGUGCCAAUGAUUUCUGUAUCCUGGAGAAUCACAUAUGUGAUGGUGAAAACAACUGUGGAGAUGGUUCAGAUGAAUCUCCAAACAUAUGUCAAAGCAAGAAAGUGUGUAAACCAGAGGAGUUCCAGUGUAGGAAUGGACAUUGCAUUGGAAGGGCUACUGUGUGCGAUGGCUACGAUGACUGUGCAGACAACAGUGAUGAAGAUAACUGUGGUUGCAGAUUUGGUGAAUGUUCUCAAAUUUGUAAUAUAAAGAAGGAUAGGAAUCACACAUGCUCAUGUGCCCCAGGCUAUUCACUGCACAGUUGGUCUCAGAAAAAUCAGAAGUCAUGUUUUGCUGAUGGAAAUUUAGCCUACAUGAUUUUAGCUAAUGAUAAUCAUUUGAGAAAACUUUCGCCUUACAAACAUGGAAACUCAGCAAGUAUAUUAACACUGACAGAGGAGGAUUCAAAGACUAUGAAAGUCCACAGUAUUGAUGUCUUGUAUGGUGACCCUCCCAUCGCCUUCUGGACAAAUCUUCAUGAUAAUACGUUGGUGUCUAUGACUGUUCCAACCACUCAUGACCAGGAUAAUUCGCGGACAAGAAGAGAGGCAGCUAAGAUCACAGUUGUGUUACGUGAUCUGAAGAAACCACGCAGUGUUGCAGUCGACUGGGUGACGCCAAUGGUAUAUGUUGUUGACGCUGGAGAUAAGACAAUAUUAGCUACUACUGUAGAUGGAUCAAAGGUUGUAACCUUAAUAGCUACAAGCUUGGAGCAGCCCUAUGAUGUUGUUGUGGAUCCACAGUCUGGCCAACUGUUUUGGUCAGAUUCUGGAUUCAACCCACGGAUUGAGGUCGCUGGUAUGGACGGAAGAAAUAAGAGAGCACUAGUAGAUCGCAAUUUGCAGUGGCCAGUUGGACUUGCCAUAGAUUAUCCAGCCCGUAGACUCUACUGGGCAGAUAUCAAGACCUGUAAUAUUGAAACUGUGAUGCUUGAUGGUUCAGAUCGGCAGCUAGUUAUGCAUUUUCCUCAAAAUGAAGGAGUACCAGGCAACCUUGACAUCUUUGAAGAUAUGAUCUAUCUCACCACCCACGACACAAAUGUUGUUCACCGCCUGAAUAAGUUUGGAUACCGCCCACAACAUAUUUCUCGCAUUUCUCAGCAUGCAAUGGAAGUUUCUGACAUUCUGAUUGUUCAGGAGCAAAAACAAGACAGAUCUUUGCCCAACCCGUGUGCUAACAACACAUGCCACGCAGAUGCCUUGUGCUUCAUUUCUGGACCAAGAACCCAUUCUUGCAUUUGUCGUGAUGGAUUAAUGGAGAAAAUUGUUGAUGGUGUCCAACAGUGCCUUCCAAAGUCAGCCAGCCGUAAUGGAUGCAACCUCUUCUGCAAUAAAGGAAAGUGUGUAAUGACUCCAAAUGGACCACAGUGCCAGUGCCCAGACAUGUAUUAUGGACCUACCUGCAACAUAUAUCGAUGCUCUGGCUACUGCCUGAACAACGGGCACUGUGAGCGGAGUUCACCGACAGAGGGCGGUAAUGUGUCUCUCCGCUGUUCGUGUGGGCCAAACUGGACAGGGGAACGGUGUGAAACUCCAGUCAAGACUUGUGCCAAUUAUUGUGAAAAUAAUGGCACUUGCCACAUGAGCAAAGACAGUCCCAUCUGUAUCUGCAAAUUACAUUUUAAUGGUGAUAGAUGUGAACAGUGCAGGGACAAACAGUGUGAGAACGGAGCGACAUGUCGACUUUACUGGGUUAAUGGAGCGCCGGAGACAUUCUGUUCUUGUGCUGAAGGAUACCAUGGAGAAACCUGUCGUUACUCUAUUUGCGACAAUUACUGCAAAAAUGGAAACUGCAGUAUAUAUCUGGGUAUUCCAAAAUGCCAGUGUAAGGAAGGAUGGACAGGAAGGACCUGCGAUACUUGUAAAGAUGGGAACUGUCAAAGAGAUUUGUGUGAGGACUUCCUGUGCAAAUGAGGAACGUGCAUCAUAG